AUGUUCCGUCCCCGUUUGUACCACGAGCCACGGGCCGAGCCACGGGCCGAGCCACGGGCCGAGCCACGGGCCGAGCCACGGGCCGAGCCACGGGCCGAGCCACGGGCCGAGCCACGGGCCGAGCCACGGGCCGAGCCACGGGCCGAGCCACGGGCCGAACCACGGGCCGAACCACGGGCCGAGCCACGGGCCGCGUGCUAA